AAGUAAGACUGGUUUCUGAGUUUCACAGCUGGGGUGGACGAGGCUAAGCAUCAGGCUUUCAAAUGAAUUAAAAGUCUGUCUUGAAUUCUGCCAGAGUACGAGAGCUUAGCAUGAGUCGCAGGUCGAAAUAAUCCUCAUUUGUGUUAUUCUAGGCCUGCAGUCUCUCAGUUCGCCCGGCUGUCUACAAAAAGCUCUGCUGUCUUUAAGCUAACCUCCUCUGAUUGGCUGCCCCUCACCAACAGAAUAUACUAGCAGAGACUGGGCGGGGCUUGUGUGCUCACAGUCAGCGCUGUCUGCAGUCACGCUGAGACUGGGGUGGGUUUGUGAAUAACUGUGUCAAUAACUGUGUUUCUGUGCAUAUUAAACAGUUAAUCGCUGAAUUCAUGUAACUGCCAACAGACACAUUCAUCCAAUCACAGACUGACUUUGUCUGGAUACAGCAAACUUUAAAGGCGUCAGCUGAGUGUGAUUGGUCACUGUUAGUGGAAAAUGAUUCUAUGUUUCUUUACCUUCUUUUAAAUGUACAAAGAUGCCCUUUGUCUAUGGUUAGAUUAGUUUAGAAUUAUCCUUUUAGACUUUCCCAGCGAAGACAUAUUGUUUUGGGACAUAUUGUUUUAGAUUGUUUUAUCUCUCACAGCUUUCUCCCAGCUCUCUGCUGACGAGACUAGCAUAUGGAGUUGUUUAUUUUAUCUGUUUAUUAUUUUCUUAUCCUGUUCUCACUGUCUUUCCUAUAAAAAGUGCCAAGCCUCUGUUCACGACGUGAGUUGUUCUCAGCAGCUCACCCGUGUUCACGUUAAAGCAUAAAAAGAAACCUUGUCUCAUUGUGUCUUUAUUUCUCCUGGGUUUUUUACAGAGUUUUCCCCCAACAGUCACAGAGCUGGUUCCCAUCACCCGCACUUUGGUGGUUUUCCCUUGGUGGGGAGGCUGUAGCGUCUCGGCUCUCUCACAGUGUGUACAGCAUGAGAUUUGGACUCAUGGCGAUCGCUGUGUCACUGCUUCAGACAAGGCCAUGAUUAUCAGGAGCAUCCACCACUGUAAUGGGAUAUGAAAGGUGGGGAAGAGAGUAGGUCCCAUUUAAAGAAUGCAUCAUGGUGGUUUUGAACACUGCUGUUAGUUCCAUCACGUGUUUGUGUUCAAAUGUUCAAAGGACGUGACUGGCAAGGACGUGAGGACACGAAGGAAGAAGAAACAGAGAAGAAGACAGAAAAGGAAGCUGGAAAACCUCAAGAGAAGCUGGAGGCGAUGAAAAAGAAAAAAACUGAUGUGAAGAAAGAAAAUGGAAAAGACGAGAUGGAGAAGUUUAUCCAGACUGUGAGUCCUGUGAACGAACGGCCGAAACCCUCUGAGGACGCUAGUGUGGCGCCUCAGAAGCAAGCAGAUGAUCCAACAAACGCUCCGGACCUCCUACCAACUUCCUGUGAUGAGAAGAAAAGCAAGCCUGUGAGAGAGCUGAAGACAGAAAUGGAGCUCCAUGAAGUCAUUCCCAAAGAGCUGCAAAAUGAAACCUACUCUCCACUGCUGGCUCCAGAGGAUCCUCAACCACAACCAGAACCGUCACCAAUCAAGGAUCAAAGGUUCCUCCUUUUCUCACACAAAUUCGACAGCAUAGCUAACCAUGUGCAGGCUGGCCUCGAUAACAGAGUGCUGGCCCUCUACAAGAAGUCCAAAGUCUUCAAAAACAACUUGCCACAUCUUGGAAAACUCUGUGUCCCCUCUGAGCACCAUCCUAACCCACAGUCCUGCUCCUCUACACUUCAGACUAAUGCUGCUGAGAGCGGGUUGAAAGGUGGACUGUACAGCUCCCCUGCCGAUGUGCCCUCAUGCUCCAUAGUCCAGGCCACUUGUCUGGGGGGAAGUCUAAGCAGUGACUUGGGUGGUGACCCAACAUUUAAUAGUACAGUGUCCGCUGCUCAUAUUCAGUGCUCCACACAGCUGCUCCAAACCUCGGGACCAAGCAUGGCCGAGUGGAGAAACAACCUGUACAAACUCAUCUCUCUGCAUGGAUUCCAGUCUGCACGGGCAGCACGUUUACACAUUCCAGAGCACGCACACACAUUUGCUACUGACGUGCAGCUCGUGGCAGAUAUUCCCCCACCUCAACCUCAGCUGGCAGCAGCACAUCAGAGGGUGGUUCAGAAAAUCGAGCUGAAAGACACCGUAGAGACAGCCGGCGGUUGCUUCUACCGUAUCAUUCCAGUGGGUUCCCAGCACAACUUUGUCACUGCACAGCUCUGCGGAAAGACCCGGUAUGGACGCCUGGAGUUUGAUUGGACGAGGGGAUGUGAGGAAGAAAAGCUGCUCAGGGUGUCAUCACGCAAGUCGAGUGACCACAGAGCGGAAGAUUAAAACUGUGUUGUCCCAUUAAAUGUGAACAUAACAUGCGGUACAUUCGAUUUUGUCUAAAUGUGCUGAUUCUGAUGCUGUUAGCCUGGUUCACUUUCUUUAUCAACACAACACAGGAUAAGAUAAGAUAAGAUAAGAUAA